AUGUCCGCCUCAAAUGCAGUGGAGUCUGAUAAACUUAUUUUAACAGAUGCUGAAGAAGGGAUGGUUGUUACGCGUUUUCCUCCUGAAGCUAGUGGUUUUCUCCAUAUUGGGCACGCGAAGGCAGCGCUCAUAAACAGUAUGCUUGCCGCCAAGUUUAAAGGAAAACUUAUUCUUCGCUUCGACGACACCAACCCUUCGAAGGAGAAGGAUCAUUUUGAACAGUGUAUUCUAGAAGAUAUAGCAGCUCUCGGUGUUACAUGGGAUUUUGGUCCGACGUUCUCUUCAGAUUACAUGGAUGUUAUUUAUGAAAAAGCAGAAGAACUUAUUAACAAGAAUCUUGCAUACUGUGAUAAAACACCGAGGGAGGAGAUGCAGAAAUGUAGAUUUGAUGGAGUCCCUACCGGGUAUCGUGAGUUGGGGAUAGAGGAAACAAAGCGUUUAUGGAACGAAAUGAAAAACGGAAGUACUGAGGGCCAAGAGACCUGUUUAAGGGCGAAAAUUUCCGUCGAUAAUGACAAUAAGGCCAUGAGAGAUCCCGUGAUUUGUAGGUUUAAUGACACACCUCAUCCUAGACAGGGAACAAAGUACAAGAUUUAUCCGACGUAUGAUUUUGCUUGUCCAAUUAUUGACUCCGUUGAAGGAGUUACACAUGCUUUGCGAACUAAUGAGUACCAUGAUCGUAAUGACCAGUAUUACUGGUUCUGCGAUGCUUUGAAUAUACGGAAACCUAUAUUGGAGGAUUUUUCAAGAUUAAAUAUGGAGUACACUGUGAUGUCGAAGCGCAAGUUGACUCAACUUGUGGAAAAAGGUGUUGUGGAUGGAUGGGAUGAUCCUCGAUUUCCAACGGUGCGUGCCUUGAUCCGGCGUGGAUUAAAAAUGAAUGCCUUGAGGCAGUUUGUGCAGGCACAGGGCAUGUCAAAGACGGUUAAUUUUAUGGAAUGGUCAAAGCUGUGGUUUUUGAAUACUCAAAUUCUAGAUCCAUCGGUUCCACGCUAUACGGUCGUAUCAAAUUCAUUGAAGGUUCGUUGUGUUGUAGAAGGGCAAAAACACCUCGAAAGAUGUGAAAAACCACUUCAUAAGAAGGUUCUACAACUAGGUACUAAAACGUACUUUAAAUCGGAUGUUAUUUUUCUUGAUGCCGAAGAUGUUGCUCUUCUUAAGGAAGGCGAAGAAAUUACGCUGAUGGAUUGGGGAAAUGCGUACAUAAAGAACAUUCGCUCUGCUGGUGAGUCGCCUACUAUAACAGAUGCCGAUAUCGUUUUACAUCUUGAAGGUGAUGUAAAAAAGACGAAGUAUAAAUUAACAUGGGUUGCAGAGAAUCCAAAUGCAGAGGUUAUGGAGCUUGCAGAAUAUGAUCACCUUCUUACGAAGAAAAAACCUGAUCCUGAAGAGAAGAUUGAUGAUCUCAUUGCUCCCGUGACAAAGUUUGCUCAGGAAGUAUACGCAGAGGAAGCUGCUCGAGCUCUUCAAAAGGGUGAUACAAUUCAGCUUGAACGUCGGGGGUAUUACAUUGUGGAUUCUCUGACACCAAAAAAGGUGCUUAUCUACAUUCCAGAUGGACGGGACAAAGUUAACCAUUUGAGUGCCAAGGCACAGUAUUUGAAGUCUAUAUCAAAGGAUGGCCGGUCUUCCGCUGCAACUGAUUUGGAUGCAAAAAGAGCUGCUAAAGCUGCAAAGAAAGCUUUACAAAAACAAAACUCCAAGAAACCAGUUACUGGUGUCACACACACAAAUAACUAA